AUGAAGAUCCCAACAACAACACCAACGCAAUCAUCAUCUUCUUCUUCUUCCAAGAAGAAUAAAUCCUCGGAAAAAACAACAUACCUUAGAUACCUUAAGCCAGGAGCUCUUGCGAAGAUUCGUGAUUCUCGAAUCAGCGCAAUGAUGUCGUCUCAGCGUAAUGAAUUGAAGAAGAUCGAGAUCUCUCCUCCUCCUCCUCCCAUCAAUGGAAUGGUGCAAUCGCCCCCGGCGGAGGCCAAUGACGAUGGUAGUGUCCUCUGCUUCACGGGAAGGAUGAACAACGGUCCUAGAUUUCCGCAGAGGAAGAAGUUAAUGGCGGGUAGAUCUUUCUUCUUUACCAGUCCGCCGCCCACAGAUUCACCUGUUGAUUCCUCCGAGGAUGAUGAUGCGUUAAGUAGUAGUAGUAGUAGUAAUGUUGCACGAUGA